AUGCUUAGAAAUAUUCCAAGAUCGUUACGUAAAGAUGGUGGUAAAAGAAUUCCUGGGCUAAUUUCCCGUGUCGCUAAUCAAUUUUCUACUACGUCAAGUUUAUUGAACAAAAAAUCAAUUCCAGAUGCACCAGAAGACUCACACACGGGACAAUACAUUAACACUAUAACUAAACCGUUCACAGUGACAACAUAUGCUCGUCCUAAUGUUGUUAUGACUCAUGGAAAGGGAUCGUACUUGUAUGAUUUAGAAAACAGACAAUAUCUUGAUUUCUCUGCCGGUAUUGCUGUUACUUGUUUGGGCCAUUCUCAUAGUAAAAUUACCGAAAUCAUCUCAGAUCAGGCUGCCACAUUGAUGCAUUGUUCUAACCUUUACCAUAACUUAUAUGCUGGUGAAUUGGCUAAUAAAUUAGUUACCAAUACCAUCAAUUCUGGUGGUAUGAAAGAAGCUCAGAGAGUGUUCUUAUGUAAUUCUGGUACAGAAGCGAACGAAGCAGCUUUGAAAUUUGCUAGAAAGUACGGUAAGAGCUUUAGCGAUGAUAAAUAUGAAAUGAUUACUUUUAAGAAUUCUUUCCAUGGAAGAACUAUGGGUGCGUUAUCAGUCACACCUAAUGAAAAGUACCAAAAGCCUUUCGCUCCUUUAGUUCCAGGCGUAAAGAUUGCGGAACCUAAUGAUAUCAGUAGCGUCGAAAAACUCAUUAGCAAGGAAAAGACAUGUGCUGUUAUUAUCGAACCAAUUCAAGGUGAAGGUGGUGUCAAUGCGAUUGACGCUGAAUUUUUGGUUUCAUUGAAGAAAUUAUGUGUCGACAAUGAGGUUGUAUUAAUUUAUGAUGAGAUCCAGUGUGGUUUAGGCCGUUCUGGAAAAUUAUGGGCUCAUUGUAAUUUGCCAGAGGAAGCCCAUCCCGAUAUUUUGACGAUGGCCAAGGCCUUAGGAAACGGUUUCCCAAUCGGUGCAGUCAUGGUUUCUGACAAAAUUGAAAAGGUUUUGAAGGUCGGCGACCAUGGGACUACUUACGGUGGUAACCCACUUGGAUCAAAAAUUGGAUCUUACGUCGUUGAUCAAGUGAGUGAUAAAGAGUUCUUGUUAGAGGUGGAAGAGAAAUCUGAAAAAUUCACUAAAGGGUUAUCAAAGAUUGCUAACAAACAUCCUGACCACAUCGGAGAAGUUAAAGGUAAAGGUUUGUUAUUAGGUUUACAAUUAAAGGGUAACUUGGAUGUUGGUGAUGUUGUCGCCAAAUGUAGAGAAAAUGGUUUAUUGGUUAUUAGUGCUGGUAUGAAUGUCUUAAGAAUUGUUCCAGCAUUAAACAUUCCUAACGAAGCAAUUGAAGAAGGUUUAGAUGUUUUAGACAAAUGUAUCGAUGAAUUAUCUAAGGAUCCUAAGUCUUCCUUCUCACAGUCAUAA